AUGUCCGAGCCAGAGGCCAAAGUCGGUAAAAUGGAGCUCGACUCCAACCCCGACGCCGGGGCCCACGACACCUCAGAAAAAGUUCGGCAGGAAGUAAUUGAACUUGCCGAUGAAGUACAGAAUGAAAUAGACAAACUUAAUGAAAAAGCUGCUAAGGAGAUUUUGAAAAUAGAGCAGAAAUAUAACAAUCUCCGCCAGCCGUUUUUUGAGAAGCGGUCAGAAUUGAUGACCAAAAUCCCACAGUUUUGGGUAACAACAUUUGUCUGCCAUCCGGAAGUGUCCCCGCUGCUUGGGAAGGAGGAUAUAAAGGCAUUGCAUUAUUUGACCAGAGUUGAAGUGAUCGAAUUUGAAGAUAAUAAAUCAGCUUACAGAAUAGACUUUUAUUUUGAUGAAAACCCUUACUUUGAAAAUAAAGUUCUCUCUAAAGAAUUUAAUCUGGAUGAGAAUGGUGAUGAAACUACCAAGUCCACUGAAAUCAAAUGGAAAUUUGGAAGGGACUUGACUAAGCGUUCUACUCCAAUGCAGAGUCGAGCCAGCAGAAAGAGGAAGCGUCAGGAACCAGAGAGCUUCUUUACCUGGUUUACUGACCAUCCUGAUGCAGGUCCAGAUGAAUUGGGAGAGAUCAUCAAAGAAGAUAUUUGGCCAAAUCCAUUACAUUACUACUUGGUUCCUGAGCUGGAAGAUGAUGAUGAAGGAGAUGGUGAUGAUGAAGAUAAGAAUAAAGGUGUUGAAGGUGAUAAUAAAAAGGAAGAAGUAAAGGUGGUUGAAGGAGAAGAUGACAAAAAGAACCCUGAUGGAUUCUAA